GGAGCUGGUGAUGGACAGGGAGGCCUGGCGUGCUGCGAUUCAUAGGGUCGCAAAGAGUCGGACACGACUGAGCGACUGAACUAAACAGAACGGAGGGAGGGGUAGAGACGCAGGUGAGGUCGUGAGGCAGGCCAUGGCGGAGAGGCCGCUCGCGCAUGGACCCAUCGGCUCCUUUCCUCAGAACCAGGGACAGGACCGGACCUCAGCCAAAGCGCAGUGGAGCACCGGUCUCAGGGCCCUGAGGAACGCCAUCCCCCAGUUGCCCCCUGGGAAAUGUAGUAUCGGCAGCUGGGCUGGGAGGGUCUUGUGACAAGCCAAGGACUACAUUUCCCAGCGAGCCUCAGAGGCGGAGAGGGGCUCGCGCCAAUUCCACUUCUCGGCGCGGGAGGUUGUCAUAGAGCUGCAGAAGCGUCGGGUUACCCCCAUUCACCUCCGCUGGCUAGCGUGCAGGGUCGUGGGGAGGUGGCUGGGGACUCGGGAGAGGGGGCGAGGGGCAGAGUGGGAACAAGGCUCCGGAAAUAGUCCGUGGGGCAGCCAGGAAACUCCUGGUCCUGGGAAGGGUGUUUGGUCGUCGUUUCUGCACGGCGGCGUUGUUCCACGCCAGCCGGCGUAGCUCCUGAAGGCAGUGAGUCCGCGGGAGACAGCAGGCGCGUGGUGAAAAGCCCCGGGCAGGGUGUGCAGCUGGCCAGAGGGCGCGGGACAAGAGGGCGGAGGAUCACCACCCACUUCCUGAGGCACUGAGCGAUAUCCUCGGAUAGGCGGCGCGGGGGCUGCUGGGACAUGGAGUCCGGCAGGACUGGGCCUGUCCCGGAAGCAAGUUGCCCGGAAGUGAUCCGCGAGGAUCUGGGCUCUCGCCGCGCCUCAGAGUCAGUUCUUGUGCAUCCGCGUUGGUCGCUUCCUUGGCGGAGUUUCUGGGCCUCCGGCCGGCGGCUCCCAGUUCUGUGGACACACUCGGUCAGCUUUUCCGCCCAGCUGCUCCUAAACGCACCUCCUCUGAGAAGUCUUCCUGGAUUUCUGCAGCUCAGGCCACCUCCCUGCUCCCGCUGCACCUGCGCGCGUGCCCCCCUGAGGACCGGGCCCCAAAGGAGCCUAACGUGAAGGAAGGCCCUCAGGGAAGACAGUGCGUGUGGCUGAGUGAAGACGGGGAGGCCAGCUUCCCCACGCCUCACCAUGGCAGCUGACCCGGCACCCUUCGGUCAGGAGGAGCUGGUGAUCAUCAAGGUGGAGGAGGACGAGGACGUCCCGUGGGAUCCGGAACCGUUCUCCAAGCCUCAGCCCCACACCCCACUGCCUCCUCUCAGUUGGGACCCCCGGCUGUGCUUCCGCAGCUUCCGCUAUGAAGAGGCCGCGGGGCCCCGCGAGGCGCUGGCCCAGCUCCGGGAGCUCUGCCGCCAGUGGCUGCGGCCCGAGGUGUACUCCAAGGAGCAGAUGCUGGAGCUGCUGGUGCUGGAGCAGUUCCUGGGUGUUCUGCCCCCUGACACCCGGGUCUGGGUGGAGUCCCAGUGCCCUGAGAGCGGCGAGGAGGCUGUGGCGCUCGUGGAGGACCUCGCUCAGAUGUUUCAGGAGACUGCCCUGGUCCAGGCCCCUCCUGAGGACCAACAGCCUGGAGACCUUGCAGAGCUGGCCAAACCCUUCUUGGAUGGAGCUCAGUAUCUUUAUUUCAAGCCCAGGAUGUCUGGAAGCAAGCGUAAGAGCAGCGGUGACGUAGCUGGUACUGCUAAGAAGCGCCACGCGAUAACGAUGGAAACGAAAGUGAAGAUAAUUGAGAGAGUGGAGCGAGGUGAAAAGAUGACAGAUGUUGCUCGUUCGUUUAACUUGAACCGUUCAACUAUCGGCACGAUCGUCAAGAACAAGGACAAGAUCCUGGAACACGUGAAGUCUGCUGUGUCGAUGAUGUCGACGAUCAUAUCCAAGCGGCGUGGGAAAGCGAUGGAGGAGAUGGAGAAACUUCUCAGCGUGUGGUUGCAGGACCAGCAUCAGCGUCGAGCCCCACUCAACAUAAUGCUGAUUCAAGAGAAAGCUAAAAGCCUGUAUGAAGACCUGAAGAAGAAAUAUGGUGAAGAAUCAGACGGCCCGUCUUUUAACGCCAGCUGUGGCUGGUUUUAUCGGUUCAAGGCCAGAGCCAAUCUUCACAACGUAAAAGUAAGUGACGAGGCAAUGAGUGCAGAUAUGGCUGCUGCCCGGGAAUUUCCUGACAUCCUUCGAGAAAUUAUUGAUGAAGGGGCAUAUUUACCAGAGCAGGUUUUUAAUGUGGAUGAGACAGGACUGUACUGGAAGAGGAUGCCAGACCGAAGUUACAUCAGUAAGGAGGAAAAGUUGAUGCCAGGUUAUAAAGCAGCAAAGGACAGGCUGACUCUGCUGUUUGGUGGCAAUGCUUCCGGCGAUAUGAAGCUGAAGCCUCUCUUGGUUUACCAUUCAGAGAGCCCCAAAGCCCUUAGAAAUAUAGCCAGGGGCUCUCUUCCUGUUGUGUGGAAGAGUAACCCCAAAGCUUGGGUUACACAGGCCAUUUUCCAGGACUGGUUUUUCCACCACUUUAUCCCGGAGGUAGAGAUAUACUGCUUGGAGAAGGACAUCCCGUUCAACAUUCUUUUGUUGCUUGACAGUGCUCCAGGCCACCCCCCAUUCAUGGAUGAUUUUCAUCCCAACGUCAAAGUAGUGCGUCUUCCACCGGAUGCUGCGCCCCUUAUCCAACCCAUGGACCAGGGAGUUAUAUCGACUUUCAAGAAAUAUUAUUUACGUCACACUUUUCGUCAGGCAGUGAAGGCGAGUGAUGAGUCAGGAACAACCUUGCGACAAUUUUGGAAGGACUAUAACAUCUACAAGGCCAUAAAAAACAUUGACUUUGCUUGGCGUGAGGUUACGGCCGGCACCAUGAAUGGCGUAUGGAAGAACCUUUGCCCGCAGUUUGUUCAUGAUUUUCGUGAAUUCGAGAAGGUGAAUGAGGAGUCCAGAGAGGUCUUCAGCAACUUAGUGACCCUCAGUGAGAAGCUGGAGCUGGAUCUGCAGGAGGAUGACUUCAUUGAACUCCUUGCUGUGCAACACGAGGAGCUCACUAACGAAGACCUGAUGGAACUGGAGGCCCAGAGAAAGGACGAAGAGAGACAGGAGGAGGAAGAACGAAGUGAAGAGCUGAAGAGAUUCACGAUGCAGGACAUGGCCAGGGGGUUCUCUCUGUUUGAGGAGGCACUGUUCAUUUUAGAGGCCCAGGACCCAAAUGUAGAACGGUACACGAAGGUUGAGGCAGCCGUUCAGAACGCAAUCCAGUGCUACCGUGUCAUCUAUGAUGAGAAAAAAAGAGCCACUGCCCAGACAUCCCUCGAUCGGCUUUUAAAGAGGGAGAUGGAAUUGCCAGCUCCUUGCUGGCAAGGAGCCAGAACCUGUGCCUCGACGUCAGGCCUGAGUGACGUCACAGCCCGCCCGCCUGUUGCUGACGGUCCUUCUCUCUGCCAGCUCCCCCUCCUCGUCCAGCUCCACCAGUAACUUCUUGCCUAUUCACUCCAUGCCAGUCCCUCUAAUCAGGUGUUAUGCUGUACUCCUGUACUUUCUAAGGUAUUAUACUGUAAGAUUAAAGAUGCUUUCUUUA